CCUGCUCAUUCAGCAGAUAGUUACAGUAAAGUGUACAAGGAUUUUGGAAAUAGCCAACAGUAACCUGACUGAAGCCAUGUUAAAAUAACAACAUUAUGCGCCUAUAUUAGCCAGAUAUAAGCAGUUAGCAAUGCCACCGCUGAACCGUGCAGUUCCAGAUGGAAACGGAGCGAGCUAACGUUAAAACGUUAACGUUACAGACUUCUAACGUUAACUUACGCCUUCUCCUAAUGUUUGGACAUUUUUAAACCGACAAUGGCAAGUUUGGGCACUGACCCUCUCUAGGGAGAAAGGUAAGGGCUAACGUUUGAGGCCAGUCAACGCUGGACAGCCAUGUCUUCUGGACUAGUUUCACGGUUGCUGCUGCUGCUCUGCUGUCUGGGUCUGUUCAGACGUGAACUCCCGGGGACUCGGGCAGACUCGGUACCCAGUGCUGCAAAAACUUUGGUAUGGGGACCUGGACUGGAAGCAAACAUUGUGCUCCCAGCUCGAUAUUUCUACAUACAGGCGGUGGACGGCUCGGGGAGAAAUUUAACAACAUCACCUGGUGAGAAGACCUUUGAAGUGAAGAUUGUGUCUCCAGCAGAGCAGUUCACCAGGAUUUGGAUCCAGGUCCUGGAUCGCCAGGAUGGCUCCUUCCUGGUGCGCUACAGAAUGUACGCCACCUGCACGGACCUUCACAUCCACGUUCUGCUCGAGAACAAGGAUGUCGCCAAGUCGCCGUUCGUUCUCGAAGGCCCAGUUUACCAUGAGGGCUGUGACUGUCCCCAGCCCAGUGGCUCUGUGUGGGAGGCCCAUAUGCACUGUCCUCAGUCCUUCCCCCAGAUAGAAAGGGACCUGGUCGCCUACACCAGCGUUGACCCUGAUCGCAACUCGCGGGAGAUCCCACAGCGCUUUGGACAGAGACAAAGCCUCUGCCACUACACUAUUAUAAACAACAAGGUCUACGUUAAAACCUUCGGAGAGCACGUAGGUUUCAGAAUCUUUAUGGAUGCCAUUCUCCUGUCGCUCACCCGAAAGGUGCGGCUCCCUGAUAUGGAGUUUUUUGUUAACCUGGGUGACUGGCCGUUGGAGAAGAGGAAACCCACUGAGAGGAUUCAUCCUAUCUUUUCCUGGUGUGGCUCUGACAAUACCAGAGAUAUCGUCAUGCCCACCUAUGACCUGACCGAGUCUGUCCUUGAGACCAUGGGAAGGGUUAGUCUGGACAUAAUGUCAGUGCAGGCCAACACAGGACCAGCAUGGCAAGAGAAGAACGCCACAGCCUUCUGGAGGGGCCGGGACAGUCGGCAGGAACGUCUGGAGCUGGUCAAGCUUUCCAGGGCUCACCCCAACAUGAUAGAUGCUGCCUUUACCAACUUCUUCUUCUUCAAACAUGAUGAGAGCCUCUACGGGCCGCUGGUCAAACAUGUUUCCUUCUUUGACUUUUUCAAGUACAAGUACCAAAUAAACAUCGACGGCACCGUGGCAGCAUAUCGACUGCCUUACCUAUUGGCAGGAGACAGUGUGGUCUUAAAGCAGGAUUCCGGCUACUACGAGCAUUUCUACAACGAGCUUCGGCCGUGGGAGCACUACAUCCCAAUCAGGGCGGACCUCGGAGACCUGCUGGAAAAGAUCCAAUGGGCUCGUGACCACGACGAAGAGGCACGGAAAAUUGCACUGGCGGGUCAGCAGUUUGCUCGCAAUCAUCUUAAUGGAGACAGCAUAUUUUGUUACUACUACAAACUUUUCCAGGAGUAUGCCAAACUCCAGGUCACAGUGCCACAGAUCCGGGAAGACAUGGAGCUUGUGGAGCAGCCCAUCGAUGACCUGUUCCCCUGUUCCUGCCACAGGACGGGGCAAAGGAUGAACUUUGACCUGUCAUCCAGUUACAGAACAAUCCUUCAUAUCGGAUAUACUGCCAAAUCAUUUUUCAGUGUGAAUUAAUUGCAUGACUGACAUGAAUUUCACAUUAUCUCAUUUUUUAAAUAAAAAUGUGUCUUUUUGUA